CCGAGGAGGCCGAGGGAGAGCAAAAGGAGGCGGUGUGCCUUUGUAGUCGGGGAGGAAUGCGGAAAUGUCCCCGCUCCGUGUCAAACCUCUCUGAAGGGGGUCAGGCCACAUUCAGCCGGCGUGGGAAAGCCAGGCAGAGACGGAGCUCACACAAGGCGAGCGAGGCUGCAGUUGCAUAGGCCUAUCCGCGGAUAUAUGGAAGAAAAAAAAACGAAGAAAGAAAGAAAGGAGAAAAUCCAAAGAAGAGCGUGGUUCUGGAGGGCUAUAUCACGCGUUUGCCUUUGUCCUAUGACCCCCCCCUUCCCAAUCAUACACCCCCUCCCCUCCACACACAAACUUGAAGUGAGAGUGUGUGCGCGCAAGUUUGCGUACGGCCCACCACCACCGCCGCCACCUCCUCCUCCGCUCGAUUUUGGUGUCUGCCUGGGCUGGUGUAGUCUGAGGGGAUGGGGGGUUAGAGCCUGCACCGUCAACUACCUGUGUGGCCCCAGCAUGGAGGAAAGUGGACAGGGAUGCAUUUGACGGAGCAGUUUUUAUCCGACACACGAAAGCGUCCUCAGCGUUAUACCGGGCAUGCCGACGUUGCGACGUUGUAUUGACAACAUAAAACAAGGUAAACGCUGAAAGUGGGCAUAUUUAUGCAGAUAUUUGUGCAAAACAAAGUGUCUUUAUGAGCCUGACAAUGCUUGCUUUGCAACCCAAUGAGGUUUUAAACGGUGACAUGAUCAAUUCCCCGAUUUAUUAGAAUGUAAGCCAUUAUUUGGCACACUUUGCGUCCACGCACAAAAUAAAUUGGAAAAAAAUUCGGGAAAGCCACCCAGGCUAAUGAAAACACACUUGAAACUCGGAUGCGGUGUCGUUUCACACAUUUCGAACCGUUUCGGGCUCGGAAAGCGACAUUUAAGGGGUUUUAAAUGGAUUGUUGCUGUAGGAAGUUCAGACAAUGCAGCCACGUGCUCGCAAGUUUGGGUGUCCUCAAAGAGAAACUUUGACAAACCAGCACAGGGAGGGCUGCUAGUUUGAUCUUGUUGCUGGCGUAAAACGAAGAAGCGGGUGAAAUAUAUGGUCAUUUUUGCAUGUUGUGAUAACAAAUAAUUUAAAAAAAAAACCCGAGACAGCUCGUGCGAAGAUUACAUGAGCAACACCGCAUGCGGGGUGAAUUAUUGAUUGCACGAGACAAAUUAUUGGAUGCAAAGCAAGCCUUGAAAGGGGUUAACUGGGAUUAAUUUUAAUUAUUUUUCACAUUAGUUUUAUGUUAGAGGUAGGAGGACAUGAGCUGCAGUGCGUAAUAGGAGGAGGAGUGGAACUUGGGACGCAGCGGUUCUUUUCUUUUUUUUUUCAUUUUGAUAGUCGGAAUAAAACAUCAUGACAGUCCUUUUAUUGCCUACCUGGAGCACUCUUUGACCAAAUCUGACAAAGAUGGUGUCUUCCCCCAUCUGUGUCUCCCUGUCAUCUAGGCAUUGCAUGUGCCACCUUUUUUCUCUGAAAAUGCCUUUGUAAGAGAGUCUGGCUCGUCAUCCUCGCCCGGGAUUCCCCGCAAUAUUUUCAACAAGAGAAGAAGAAGAAGGGGGGGGGGGAAUUCUGCAAAAAUGGACAAAGAAAGUGUUGGUACUCAGUAUGAGCCUGUGGCCGAGAUUGGAGAAGGCGCCUACGGGAAAGUGUACAAGGCGAGAGAUUUGAAGAACGGGGGACGCUUUGUUGCCCUAAAAAGAGUUCGUGUCCAGACGGAGGAAGAAGGCAUGCCGCUCUCCACCAUCCGCGAGGUGGCGGUGCUGAGGCAGCUUGAAGCCUUUGAGCACCCCAAUGUUGUCAGGUUGUUUGAUGUGUGCACAGUCUCUCGGACUGACCGAGAAACCAAACUCACUCUGGUCUUUGAGCAUGUAGAUCAGGACCUGACCACCUACCUGGAAAAGGCUCCUGACCCUGGAGUACCGCCUGAGACCAUCAAGGAUAUGAUGUACCAGCUGCUCCAGGGGUUAGACUUCCUGCACUCGCACCGCGUGGUUCACCGUGACCUAAAACCCCAAAACAUCCUGGUCACCAGCGGAGGACAGAUCAAACUGGCUGACUUUGGUCUAGCUCGCAUCUACAGCUUCCAGAUGGCGCUCACGUCAGUGGUGGUGACGCUGUGGUACAGAGCCCCAGAAGUGCUGCUCCAGUCAAGCUACGCUACACCGGUGGACCUGUGGAGUGUCGGCUGCAUCUUCGCUGAGAUGUUCAGGAGAAGGCCGCUGUUUAGAGGAAACUCGGAUGUUGAUCAGCUUGGAAAGAUUUUUGAUGUUGUUGGGGUACCCUCGGCAGAAGACUGGCCCCAGGAAGUAGCCCUGCCACAGAGUGCCUUCACACCCCGGCCCCCGAAACCAAUAGAAGACCUAGUUCCAGACAUGGACGAGCAGGGACGGGCCUUGUUAAUGCAAUUCUUCACCUUCAACCCGUCCAGGAGAAUAUCGGCCUUCACUGCGUUAAGUCACCCCUACUUUCAAAGCGUGGACAGCCACAGCAGAAGUGUGUACGCAGCCCAGCCCAUCCCCAGCAACAAGUCCACAAUGGAGGAGAGGAGUGCCUGAAAGUCCUCUUUUUUUCCCCUUUAACCGCCCCCCCCCCACAUUCCCCUGGCUAUAAGUAGUAUUUACCGUACCGUUCCUAAAAAGUUUGUCAUGUUUUAUUUCAGCGUUAAAUCAAAGUACAUUAAAGUUUUUUUUGGCACUGAUUACCAAAAAAAGGUUUCCCUUUCAACAAAUCCACUCAAAUCAAGUAAAAACAAAACAGCUGGUUACAGGAGAGCUCACCAUCUCAAGAAAAUAAGAGUCCAGAAAAGGCAUCAGUGUUUGAGUACUGCAGCUUUUCUCCAUCAUGAUGACGCCACACUGUGAUGAGGUUUACAUUGUGAAUUUCAAAAUCUAUCCUUUGCUUUAUUGAUCUCUCUCCUCAAGUCCUCAGUGGCCUCCUGCAAAGACGCGUCACCACCAACCUAUAGCACUUAGUUAUUGGUCAGAAAGCUUUAAUUGAGGGCGAUUGCCGAGCUGUGUUUUAAUGUUUGUCCUACGUGCUAAAUACAGGCUGACAAGUAAUGAGAUUUUCCAGCUGUUGGGCCCUGCAGGCGUGAUCUUAACUAAACAACAGCACAUCUGGGUCUCCAUCAGCAGCGCUCAGCCACAUUAGUUCAAUUCAGUUUUAUUUAUUCUGGAAAGAUAAAGGCCAAAUCACAACAGCAGUCACCUGGAGAUGCUUUAUUUUGAAAGGUAGAGACCCUUGAUACCAGAAACCUGAUAAGCAAUGAGUUGUAUGAGCUGAUGCAAAGUGUGACACGGUUUAGAGCGGUAACAUUCGCACUCCUUAAUAGGUAGCUUCGUUAAAUGUUCUGUCUUUAUGACUUUUUUCUGAUAAUCAGUGUCAAAAAAAAGCAUCAUUAAUGUUGGUUUUACGUUACAUAUAAAACGAAGCCUAAAACAGACUGCAGUGGGCAAAUACUUUCCACCUGGGGCGUAUAAAACGCUCUGGGGAGCAGGGAGCGGGUGAAGAUGGCGUCAAACGGAUGGCACCAAAUGCCCCCCCAGAACCCUGCACACACAAGCUGUCAUCCUUCCACGAACUGAUGGAUUGUAAAUGCUGCUUUCAGGAUGUGAAAUGUUGUGUAACAAUGCAAAGUGACCCAAUCCUCAUAUGGAUUUGGAGUUGGGACUGUAGAGUCCGAAGAGCGGAAACCUCCUUAUGCCCAGUGUUUAUCCUUAUCAAUGGAAAAAAAAAAAAAAAGACUCUGGACUGCAGGAGAGAGAGAUAGAGGACCAGACCAGAGCCUGGAUGGAUCUCACCUGCCUCUUUAUUUUUGUUGUCUUGUUUGUUUUUAUAAAUAGCUUGCUUACUGCUGGUGUGUGCAGUGAGAAGACGAACGUUUCACACGCACAUUUAUUGUCCCCACUGCCGCUGACAUAAGCACGCUCAUGUACCCGUGUACUCACUCAGACAUUGUUAGGCAUCACAAACCGGCCACCCACUGCCAUGUCCAUUAUCAUUCCAGUUUUACCUAUAAUAAUGGUGCCACCUUGUGGAAGUGUAGAGUAACUGCAGACCAGUAGCGGGAUUCUAAUGGUUUCUGCACACAUUGAGGAACUCGUAACGGGGCUGAUAUCGGUGCUGAGACAAUGAGACAUCUUGGAGUUGUUCCUACCACUUACAUAGACUUUGACUUUUUAAUGACUUUUAGCUGUACCAUCGUGAACUCUUUGUUUUAUAAUUAUUGUGAAAUCCAAUUAUUUCUUUCCAAAUCAUACCGUAAUGCACAGACAGAUCUGCAGGAAGUGUCAAAGAGAGACCCAUAAGCACUAUUCAUUCAACAUGGUAGAAUUUUUGGCACACUUUUGUGUCACUAAUAUUCUGUAUUUAAUUUUAAUUUUAUUGACGAGUCUUAUAUACUUGUAACUUGAUUUUUAAAUUUUUUUUUUUUUAAUGCUGGGGUAUACAGUGUUCUUACACCAGUGAUGCCAACUCGUUAAAGGAUUGUAGAGUCCGUGUAAGAAUAGUUUGACGUUGUAAGGAAUGUAUAAAGGAAAAGCAUUGGUACUGUACAGUAAAUUGUGCUAGUUCUAAAGUACAAGCUGUAACAAUAGAAACCUUUUGAUAUGUGCGUUUGUCAGCACAUAGACAUGUCGUUAAAACGGAUAGACGUAGAGUAGCGAGGGUCUGCAGAAUGUUGCAUGGCAAGAGGUGUUUCUUUGUUUUCUGUUUUAUUUGCGUGGGGUGGCUUGUUCCGAUGGAUUUCUUUUACCAUGUGUUGAGAACUACUACGGAUUUUCCAGUAGUUUUGAUGACGAUGUGAUGCACAAUAUUUUGUGUACAGUUUCUGCUUUAUUUUACCUUGGCGUGCCGUUCUAUCCAAGUUAAGUUUUGACCCGCGAGGUAAAAGCAAGUUUUUCCAGAGUUGUAUUUUUGUAUUUAGUAGUUCUUGCAGAACAGUAACUUUGUAACACUGGUUUUUGUUUUUGGGUUUCGUAACAGGUAGUGCUUUUAGCACACAGACACAGACACACACAGACUCAAUCUCUGACUUUCUCAGGUUCUCUCCACGGACGUCCGAAACCUUUCGGGCACAGUUUGCACAUCUCUGGGUUACUGAAUGACUACAACACAACUUCUUCAGGUUCUCUGUCAAGCUGUCUAAGGAUCGUAUCAUUGAUCACAAUCUACUGUCUUUACUAUUUAUCGAAUAUAUGUUACUGUAGUUCUUACUGUCUGAAGAUAACUGCCUGUAUAAACUGUUCUUGCCACAAACUAAUGGCCAGGUGGCAAACAUGACAGAAAUACAUGUCUGCUUAACACUGUGUGAUUUAUUCUUUUUUUUUUCUAUUUGAUAACGACUCAUUUCUGGUGUAAGUGGCAUCUACAAUGCAAUGAAAGCUACAAAUGCGUUAGACACGGAGGUUUACAUUUAAAAUAUUGACUGCUUUAAUCUCAUUACAGUUAAUACAGUCACUGUGUGCUUUCUUAUGAUUUAACCGAUCUGUAAUGCUCUUCAGUCUCAUAACAACUGAACUCCACUGCUGAACUCUAAGCAGUGUCACUAUUUUUGAACGUCGCUUCAUCCAUCACUCAGAUUGGCAUUAUACUUGUGUAUGAAUGCAUCGGUGUCUUAUUAUUAUGUUGCACCAGCUGAAUAAAAAGCAGCUUUUUAUUAA